AUGCAGACGUACUGGGAGCAUGGCAUAGACACCGACGGCAGCGUGCCGAGCCCCAGCACCCCGCCGCCCCGUGCCGUGAGGAAGAGCCGGUGCUGUGUAGGUUCUUCGUGUCGCCCCGAGCCGCAGCACGAGGACUUUGCCACAGGCUGCCAGUGCCAUCGCCGCACGCGGGGCAUUCCCGGUGGCUCCAAGAGCCUCCAAGGGGACAUGCCGGUGACGGUGAGCUGCGCGCAAGCGCGAGGGCGCUGCGGCGGCGAGGACAUCACGGUCGUUGACACAGCAGAUAUUUUUAAUCCAAGAGCUGCCAUCAGUGAGGCGUGCAAAGAAAUUACUCAUUGCGUCAGGCUGUCCUCCCCGGGCCCCCACGCGCUGCUGCUGGUGACCAAGCUGGGCCAGUUCUUCGAGGAGGACAAGGAGGCCGUGAAGAAACUGCAGGACAUUUUUGGAGUUGAUGUUCUGAAGCACACGAUCGUUUUACUCACCCACGCAGAAGACCUGGCGGGGAGGUCGCUGCACGAUUACCUGCGGUAUUGCGGCAGCGGAGCGCUCCAGGACCUGAUCCUGCAGUGCGGGAGCAGAUACUGCGGCUUCAACAACGGAGCGGUCGGUGCCGAAUGGGACCAGCAGGUCGCCAAGCUGAUGGAGAUGGUCCACCGCGUGGUGCGGGAGAACAGGGGCAAGUGGUACAGCAAUGACAUGUACCGGCAGCCCUCUUUAACGCAAGAGAAAGUGGAGUAUCUCAUGGGGAGGUACAAAGCAGAGAGGAUAAUGAGGGAGCGGUCCAGAGCUAUGCCAUGCAGGAAAGUUAUACGACGGCUGGAGUUCAACCGCCACCCGCGAAGGAUGGAGAUCGGCACCGUGGGAACUCUCCACAGUGUUCCCACUGCCGCCGGCGCCCAGUCGCGGUCCUGCUGCCACAGGGAUAAGGAGGAGCCGUGUAGAGGGGGCUACGGCGCAGACAGAGGUGUCGAUAAGGCAUAA